AUGUGGCGAAUAACCUCUAAGUUACUUUGGGCUUUCGACAUACGCGAACCAGUCGACCCCGUCACCGGCAAGACAAUCCCACUCGACCCGACCGCGUACAACCCAGGCAUCACGCAGGCGCCUCUCCCGUUCAAGGUCAGGAUCACUCCUCGUAGCCCUGAGCACGCCGCUGCUCUGCAAAAGGAAUAUCGCGCUGCUCUGGACUUUCUCGCUCCCUUCGAGUCCAACGAAUGA